UAUUACAUAUUGUCUGCAUACGUAUUUUUUACAUUUUAUACCAAUUUUGUUAGUCUUAUUGACUUUACAAUGUCUUAAAUGACAAAAUUUCCGUCCAGAAGAAUUAGUAGCUGUAUUUAUUAUUGUUUUUGUUGAACAUUCUUUGCUUAUCUGUUUCUCCUUCUGAUAGUCAGUCCCUAGCUCUUCUGCUAAUUGAAAUAAAAAUUUUUGCCUUGAUAUAUCUUUACCCGUUGCUACUUUAUAUAAAAUCCAAGCAUUUAUCACGGCUAAAUCUAAGAUAUUGAAAAAUAUCUGUAAAGACUACCUAGGACUUUUAGAUUUUACACUAUAUUUUCUGGCCAUUUGAUCGGUUACAUCUACACCGAAUUUUGUUAAACUUUCAAAGCUAACUAUAAAUCUCUUUCUUUUUUGUCCACUUCGUAUAUUCAAAAUAUUCUUUUCGUCUGAAUCGUUGUCAAAUAAGUCACAAUUAUUUUCUACUAUAUCAAUAUCAAUAUCGGAAACUUCUUGAUCAUUUUCCGAACGAACCUCAUUGAUAUUAUUUAUUUUGUCUAAUAAAUUGAUAUUCCUUGAAUGUCUUGACAUUUUUGGGGAUAAAUAUACAAAUGAUAAAGUAAAAACUAAAAUAUAAAAAUAUAAAUCAAACAGGGCAGAAACAUUGAGAUCAGAAAUAAAAAUAAAAUAAUUGUAAAUCAUACCACACAAAAUAUGGUUAAAUAUUGUAAUCAUUUUUAUUAUACACUGUAAAAUUUUAAUGUUUAUUGUUCGGAUCGCAAGACCGUAUUGUCGUACAAAGAUCGCUAUGCAUUUGUGUUCCGUCAUUUAUUAGAACACCUAAAGUAUUUAUCGCAACAGAAAAUUUUUAUCGUAUUCACAAAAAGAAAGAUACUAGAGAUAAGGUUUUACAAAAAAUAAAGAAUAUUAUUGUAGGAGCACAUUGUUUGACUCCGUCAACAAAAAUAAGAAGAUUAUUAAUAGCUACCUAGCUAUCGCGUUCGGUAUUCUUUUCGCGAUUCCUAGAAUUCAGAGAAUCAUAUGUUUUUCAGCUACUCCCACUCCAAUUUGUUCUAAUCGCUCGAUUGUCCUCAUUGUAGAUCCACAAUUACAUUGUAGACUCGUAAAUCAAUUUCAGAGAAGUGUUUUCCGAAGAAUAUAGUCGCAAAUACCAUAAAUUUCAAAAACAGUCAUUUGAUCGUGCAUGCAGUGCCGACACAAGGUAGAAAACACCGAUUUUGAUAAACAUUUUACAGAAUGAUACCAAUAACAGAUGCCAGUCAUUUUUUUAGUAGCGAUAAUUCAGUUUAAAGGAGUGACAAAAAUCAUCAAAGUUCAGUGUAAUAUUCCAUAAAGUCCUUAUAUUCUGGAAACUACUUUAGAUAAAAACAUCCAUACGGUUUCAGUGAAAUCCACUUUUUAGAAAAAUUAAACUACGUCAAUAGUUUUUUGCAAAAGUCAUACAUGAUUACAGAUUUUGUACUUUGAUUGAAUUUUCUGCCACUUGAAAGCGAAAAAAAUAUUAUAGUAACAGCAUAUGUAAAUAAAUAAUUCCUCGUUGUAAAAUUUAAGUGUAGGAUUUGAAUGUGUAUUCAGGCUAUGCAAAAUGUUUGAAACCAGCUUCGCAAAAGGUCACAUCGACCCUGAUACAGAGAUAUGAAAGAAAACAAAAAAUGGAGAUAAAUAUAAUCAUUAAAUUUUCAAGUGUGUGCUAUUUGCACAACAGAUUACUUUAACUGUCAGUUACUCACUAGUCUAUUGUUGGGAAACAUCAUAAAGUUUAUUAUAACGAGAAAUAAUAUUUUUGACACAAAAUCUGAUUAUUCUAACCGUAAAACGAAUCAAAUUAAAAAGUUCCCUUCAUCGAUUAAGAUUAAUUUUCUUCGUCGUAAUUAUGGCACUUGUUACUGACUGUUGGUUUAUUGACGUCACUAUUAUGUUUUUAAUAUUUAUGAUAAUAGUUUAUCUCUACGCAACGAGAAGAUUUAAUUACUGGAAAAAUCGCAACGUAAUGGAAAUACCACCAAUUCCAUUUUUAGGAAACUUUGCCGAUUGUUUUUUCUUACGAAAAUGUCCUGGUGAAUUUAUUAUGUAUUUGCAUAGCCAAUCAGCUGGAUUACCAUUCAUGGGAUUUUAUGUUUUCGAUAAGCCUUUCUUUUUGGUCCGUGAUCCGGAACUUAUUAAACACGUUCUUGUGAAGGAUUUCGAUUAUUUUUCUGACAAAUACUCUAGGACAGAUAUCAAAGACCGUCUAGGUUGGACUAAUCUGUUUAUGAUUAAAAAUCCAGCGUGGAAGAUUUUAAGGUCGAAGUUAACGCCAAUAUUUACCAGCGGGAGACUGAAAAAUAUGUUCAAUUUAAUGCUGAUCGUUGGAGAUGAUCUCGAUACUUAUUUGGAAUCCUUGUCUUUGGAAGGGAAAGGUAAGACGUUGGAUAUAAAAGAUCUGUGCGCCAAAUUCACGACGGAUUUAAUCGGCAUCACUGCUUACGGUUUGAAAGUGAACUCAUUGAACGACCCUAACGCCGAAUUUCGAAGAUGCGGAAAAAAGAUUUUUGAUUUCACCUGGUAUCGCGGUUUUGAAAUUCUCACCAUGUUUUUUAUACCAUCGUUAAUCAAAUUAGUUAGGGCUGAUUUUUUCGGUAAAAAUAGCAGUGAUUUUCUUCGGAAAACUUUUUGGGAGAACGUUGAUCACAGACUGCAAUCCGGAAUAAAGAAACACGAUUUGGUCGAUCUUCUUAUCGAAUUGAAGCAAAAUCACGAGGGUCAAGAGUUCGACGGAUUUAAAUUCGACGGAGACGAUUUGGUAGCGCAAGCUGCAGUUUUUUUCACCGGUGGUUUCGAGACGUCGUCCACGACCUUAGCGUUAUCUUUGUUCGAGUUAGCCCUUAAUCCAGAAAUUCAAAAUAAACUUAGAAAAGAAAUUACGGAUGCACUCGACCAAAAUGAUAAUAAAGUUACUUACGAAAUGGUUACGAAUUUAUCUUAUCUUCACAUGGUCGUAUCAGAGACUUUACGAAAAUAUCCAGUAUUUCCGUUUAUUGAAAGAAUUACUGGUAAAGAUUACAAAGUGCCAGGUCAUGAUUUAGUCUUAGAAAAAGGAACACCAGUUUAUAUUUCUUCUAUGGGAUUGCAAUACGAAUCUCAAUAUUUUCCUGAACCGAACAAAUAUGAUCCAGAAAGGUUCAAUGAUGAGAAUAGGAAAAAUUUGACACCUUACACUUAUCUGCCAUUUGGUGAAGGUCCUCACAUGUGCAUCGGAUUAAGAUUAGGACUGCUUGAAUCAAAAUAUGGUCUAAUUCAGAUUUUAAGGAAAUACCAAGCUACUCCGUGCAAGAAAACUGUUUCUCCUAUGCGUUUAGAUCCCAGAGGAUUGACAUUAACUGCAUUGAAUGGAGUUUACUUAAACUUGAGUAAACUUGCAACGUCCAAUUAACGAUGAAUUUUUUAAAAUUCAAAUUAUCACUUUUAAACUCAUAUGAUACAAAUACUGAUAUUCUUAAACGGAUAAAACCGACAAGAUAUUUAUCACCAUAUAAUUCUAAGAAAAAGUGUUAAUCCUUGCGAUGAUUAAUAUUCUAUAUCUCUAAUGUAAAUCAAAUAAUGAAAAUUAUUAAUAAUAGUUUUGAUACAUCUUCAAAACGUUAUUCCUCGUAUAAAUUAAAUUUUUUUGUUCGAGACACUAAAUGUAAAUGAAUUCGAAUUUUAAUAUAUUUCUUUUUAUAGCUCUUCCUUGUAAGGUAUUAAUAAAUGCAUUUCACAAUGAGACAAUAAAUACAAGCAGA